UGUCUCUUCCAAGGCCCAGAUCAGGACAGUAGCCUUGGAGCUCAGACUUUGCCAACCAGCUCUGCGAUCUGGUAGGAUCUUCCAGCCAUCCUGCCUUCCCACGCUCUGGCAAUCUCUCUUCCCUUUCGAUGGGCUCUCUGGUCGCCAAGCUCCUUCUGCCAACUCUAAGUAGCCUGGCUUUCCUCCCGACCAUCAGCAUCGCUGCCAAGAGACAGUUCCACAUGGAGGCUAUGGUGUACUUCUUCACCAUGUUCUUUGUGUCGAUUUACCACGCAUGUGACGGCCCCGGUUUAUCCAUCCUGUGCUUCAUGCAGUAUGACAUCUUGGAAUAUUUCAGUAUAUUUGGGACAGCUUUAUCAAUGUGGGUGUCCCUGAUGGCCCUGGCAGAGUUCGAUGAGCCUAAACGGUCAACAUUUGUGAUGUUUGGAGUGCUCACCAUCGCAGUCAGAAUCUACCAUGAUCGGUGGGGCUACGGCGUCUACUCAGGACCAAUUGGGACAGCAGUUCUCAUGAUCACUGUAAAAUGGCUGCAAAAGAUGAAGGAGAAGAAGGGUCUCUAUCCAGACAAAAGCGUCUAUACCCAGCAGAUUGGUCCUGGCUUCUGUUUCGGGGCCCUUGCUUUGAUGCUGAGGUUCUUCUUUGAGGAGUGGGAUUACACGUACGUCCACAGCUUCUACCACUGUGCCUUGGCCAUGUCCUUUGUCCUCCUGCUCCCCAAAGUGAACAAGAAGGCCGGCAACGGAGGCGCUCCAGCCAAACUGGACUGUUCAACCCUCUGCUGCUGUGUUUGAGAAUGUGGGAUGU